CCAAACGGAUAAAGAAAUCACAGUGUCACACACACACCCACUUCAAAAAAAGUCCGAUACACCAUUAUUCUUGUUUGGGCCCCAAACUGUACAAAUCCACCUGUAUUUUGCCGACUUUGAUCCAUCUGAUCUAAUUCUUCUAUGUUAACCUUUCCCAUUUCUUCUGAAAAUUAUUAUCCCUUACUUGAACAAACAACAAUCAUCAACAAUCAUCAACAAUCAUAACAAACAUUAAAUUAAUCAACAAAACCAAACUCAAGUCUUUAAAAAAUCAUCAAUUUUUGGGAUACAAAAAGCCAAACGUCACUCUUCUGUUACAACAAUUUCCUGCUAAAUUUGUGAUUUUGUUCAACAAUCCCAAGUAUUUCUGAAAUACCCAGAAAAGUUCCAAUCUUUACCAAUGUCAAAACAAACGUACAAAGUAUGUUUUUGUUGCAGAAGAAGAUUCAAGCUCACAGUUUCCGAGGCCCCACAAGAAAUUAAGGCCCUGUUUGGAAAUUACUCUGAAAAUGGAGUAAUGACUUCCACUCAUCUUCAUCGUUUUCUGGUUGAAGAACAAAAGGAAGAUAAAGCUACUAUUCAAGAUGCUCAAGUCAUUAUUGAUAACGUUAGACCUAUGGUUGUUUUUCAUAAGUCUGGCCUUAAUCUUGAAGGGUUCUUCAAGUAUCUCUUUGGGGAUCUUAAUCCUCCCAUUUCUCCUAAACUCGGGGUUCACCAAGAUAUGACUGCUCCUCUUUCGCACUAUUUCAUAUUUACUGGUCAUAAUUCUUAUCUUACCGGGAAUCAACUGACCAGUGACUGUAGUGAUGUUCCUAUCAAACAUGCACUGCAAAAGUCUGUGAGAGUGAUCGAGUUGGAUAUAUGGCCCAACUCUUCUAAAGACAAUGUCGAUGUUCUUCAUGGAGGGACAAUGACUUCACCUGUUGAGCUCAUUAAAUGUUUAAAGUCCAUCAAGGAACAUGCCUUCUCUGCAUCCGAGUACCCUGUUGUGAUAACUCUUGAAGACCACCUUACUGCCGAUCUUCAGGCUAAAACUGCUGAGAUGAUUACUCAAACAUUUGGAGACACGCUGUUUACACCAGACUCGGAAUGCUUUAAGGAACUUCCUUCCCCUGAAUCACUAAAGAAACAUGUUAUGAUAUCGACUAAACCUCCAAUAGUGUACCGUGAAGCUAAAGAUGCAAACGAAGAUUCACUGAAGAUUAGCAAGGAUUCCGGAGAUGAGGAAGCUUGGGGAAAAGAAGUCCCCAGUCUUAAAUCUCAUAGUCAGAAGCAUCACGAUUUGGACGAUGGAGAUGAUGAUGAGGAAGAAGAUGAACUUGAUGAUGACAUUAACAAGUCAAAAAAGUUUGUGGCACCAGAAUACACGCGUAUUAUUGCUAUUCAUGCUGGAAAACCCAAGGGUGGUCUAAGCGAAGCACUAAAGGUGGAUCCUAAUAAGGUGAGACGUCUUAGCUUGAGUGAACCUCAGCUUGAGAAGGCAGCGAUACAAUAUGGAAAGGAUAUUGUCAGGUUCACACACAAAAAUAUGCUUAGGAUCUACCCUAAGGGAACACGAAUUACAUCAUCAAAUUACAACCCUCUCGUUGGAUGGAUGCAUGGAGCUCAGAUGGUUGCAUUUAACAUGCAGGGAUGCGGAAGAUCCCUCUGGCUGAUGCAAGGAAUGUUCAGAGCUAAUGGUGGAUGUGGUUAUGUCAAAAAACCACAUUUUCUUUUGAAUAGUGGUCCCAAUGGCGAGGUCUUUGACCCUAAAAUUAAACUUCCAGUGAAAAAGACUUUGAAGGUGACUGUAUUUAUGGGAGAAGGAUGGUAUUAUGAUUUCAAACAUACACAUUUUGAUCAAUUUUCCCCUCCAGAUUUUUAUGUCCGGGUUGGGAUCGCUGGAGUGGCAGCUGAUACUGUGAUGAAGAAAACAAAAACACUGGAAGAUAACUGGAUACCGGCCUGGAAUGAAGAGUUUGAAUUUCCAUUGAGCGUUCCUGAACUUGCACUCCUCCGGAUUGAAGUUCAUGAGUAUGACAUGUCCGAGAAAGAUGAUUUUGGAGGUCAAACAGUUUUGCCAGUUUGGGAGAUCAGCGAAGGUAUUCGGUCAGUUCCACUUUGUAACCGUGAGGGAAUCAAGUACCCAUCAGUCAAGCUUCUUAUGCGUUUCCAGUUCAUUUGAGUUAUCCUGUUGUAUCAUUAGCCCCUCGUUUUGUGUGCUGUAUUGCUUUGCCGUUCGUUGUGUGUGAAACGUGACAAGUCAUUAGAUCCACGGAAUAACGAGGCAUUUGAGCCAUCAUGCAUGCAGUUCAGAGUAUUCAGUAUGCAUGAACUGAACUGCCAUUUUGUACGAGUGCUACGAGAACGGUUAGAGGUGUUGGUGACCAUGAUUUUGUCCUUGUAAAUAUGGUUCAUUUGGAUGUUGAGAAUACUGUUUUUUUUGUGAGUGAAAUUAUGAUUUGUUACAUUCAUUUGUUAACUUCUGUUUAUGUUUUUCUUUUAUUCAGUUGACAGCAUGUUCUGUUUGUGUUC